CUUGAAGCCGCAUAUGAGUAGCUUCAUGUGCAUGAACUUUAACGGGUAAUAGGCUCUCUAAGUAUUUCCCCCCGCUCGAUGAAAUACAGUCAGUUCCAGGAGUCAGCAGCAAAAGUUGAUUCAAUUCAGCGUUCCUUCGAUCAAAUUGGUGUCAAAGGUCGAUAUGUACCUCGUAGGUCGACGACGUUGAAUAAAAGGCUAACAUGCAAGACGUGGCAUUGUAAGUGCUGUCAUGUCACCCUAGUCACGGCUGGCUGAGAUAUUUGUGGUGACCCAGAGGGGCGUUGAGCUGCGCGAAGCGGGACCCGCUUGAACCAUGCAAACGCCAUUCAUGCUUAGAUACGGGGAUGCUCCCAUUGUGUCGUAUCCACAGGUCUCGCAGCUUCUCUUAACCUCGCAGGGUUGCUGUCCCGUGGUACGCGCAAGUACUGAGGUUUGGGCAUCAUCUGCUGUCCAUGAAGGUGCAAUAUGCUCUCUUCAUCCUCGAAGAUGUCGGGAACAGUCACUUCAGGUGCUUCCAGUCCGCUUGACCUCUACGAACCCCUCGAGGUUAUCGGGAAUGGAUCGUUUGGCAUCGUUCGUAAAGUUCGACGUAAGUCGGAUGGAGAGGUCCUCGCGAGGAAGGAACUCAAUUUUGUAAAAAUGUCGGAAAGUGAUAGAGACAAGAUUAUGGUUGAAGUGAAUAUCCUAAAGGAUUUGCGCCACGAGAAUAUUGUUAGAUAUACGGACCGGUUUGCGGACAAUGAUGCUGGUAUUCUGUACAUCCUAAUGGAAUACUGUGAGGGGGGUGACCUCUCUUCCAUGAUCAACCAGAGUGCACGCUUUGGACGUCCACUGCCGGAGGACACCAUUUGGUCAUACCUCCUUCAACUUCUUCUCGCACUGCAUCACUGUCAUUUCCCAGGAUCUAGGACCUGGGGGGACGGUAGCCUCGAUGGAAACCCGCGACAGAUAUUACAUAGAGAUUUGAAACCAGAGAAUGUUUUCAUUGGCAAAGGUGGCAUACUCAAGCUCGGUGAUUUUGGAUCAUCAAAAGCCCUCGAUCAGGCAUCCUUCACGAACACCUUUGUCGGAACUCCAUGGAAAUCAUACGAUACGAAGACUGAUAUCUGGUCUCUCGGCUGCUUAAUCUACGAACUCUGUGCUCGCAGGCCUUUAUUUCACGAGGCUCGGACGUACGAUGAACUGAAGGCAUUAAUUCACAAAUGCAGCAUACCGCCUUUGCCAGAGGGCUAUUCGCAAGCGUUGAGUGAUGUCAUCAAAUCAAUGCUCAACCUAAACCAUGAAACAAGGCCGUCUACACAGCAACUUCUUCAGCACCAGCAAAUCGACUUCGCUCGGAAAAUGGCGGACAAAGAAAAGACCUUGAAAGCUCACGAAUCAUAUAUUUCUGAACUUCAAACCCGCAAUGCUCACUUAGAACUACAGGUGGCAAUGUAUUCAUCCCGUGAUAGGGAAAAGGAUUCUUAGAUCAAUCGUCUCAAAAGCAUUCUCGCUCGUGCUCGCACGUACCUCAGCGUUCACAGUAGCCAUGAUUUCUUCCCUUCAGCAAAGGAUGAUAGUAUCCAUUCACUUUUGAAGAGUAUUGACGUGUUUAAGCCAUACGUUGAGCACACAGACAAUCAGUCCACUUCUGAAACAGGUCUACAGGGAGCGAAAGGGCUGGAAAAAUUGAUAGAGAAUAUCAGGAAUCAGAUUGACCAGCAUAUAUCUUUAGAGCCAGGUUCAUCAAACAUACAGAAAUAUGAACCAACAAUGCCUCUUCCCUCUGCUCAGCUUAUGCCAGCUCAAUCCAAAGUCACUGGUAAAUGGAUCUCCAAUGAAUAUUGGAUAGCAAUGUAG